AGCUGCGGCGCGUGACGCGGGGCGCGCGGCUCCGGCGGCCACCUCGGGCGGGUGCAGGCGGCGAGGCCGGAGGGCGGCAUGGCGGCGGUGGCAGCAGCGGCGGGGCCCUCGGGGCCCGAGCCCAUGCCCAGCUACGCGCAGCUGGUGCAGCGCGGCUGGGGCACCAUGCUGGCGGCCGCGCGGGGCUGCGCCGACUGCGGCUGGGGGCUGGCGCGCCGCGGCCUGGCCGAGAACGCGCACCUGGCGCCGCCCGAGCUGCUGCUGCUGGCGCUGGGUGCGCUCGGCUGGACAGCGCUGCGCUCCGCGGCCACCACGCGCCUCUUCCAGCCCCUGGCUGAGCGGUGCCGCCUCCAGCCCAGAGAUGCCGCCAGGAUGCCCGAGAGUGCCUGGAAGUUUCUCUUCUACCUGGCGUCCUGGACUUACAACACCUACCUGCUCUUUGGCACGGAGUACCCCUUCUUCCACGACCCGCCCUCUGUCUUCCACGGCUGGACGCCGGGCAUGGCCGUGCCCCGGGACAUCGCGCUCAUCUACCUGCUUCAGAGCAGCUUCUACGGCCACUCCAUCUACGCCACGCUCUACAUGGACGCCUGGCGCAGGGACUCGGUGGUCAUGGUGCUGCACCACGUGGUCACCCUCCUGCUCCUCGUGUCCUCCUACGCCUUCCGGUACCACAACGUGGGCGUCCUGGUGCUCUUCCUGCACGACAUCAGCGACGUGCAGUUCGAGUUCACCAAGCUCAACAUCUACUUCAAGUCGCGCGGCGGAUCCUACCACCGGCUGCACGCGCUGCUGGCGCUCGUGGGCUGCGUGAGCUUCAGCGUGGGCUGGUUCUGGUUCCGGCUCUACUGGUUCCCGCUCAAGGUGCUGUACGCCACGGCGCACUGCAGCCUGCGCGCGGUGCCCGGCAUCCCUUUCUACUUCUUCUUCAACGGCCUGCUGCUGCUGCUCACCCUCAUGAAUCUCUACUGGUUCCUGUACAUCCUGGCCUUUGCCGCCAAGGUGCUGACAGGCCAGCUGCGGGAGCUGCAGGACCUGCGUGAGUACGAGCCCACGGAAGCACGGAGCCCCAAGCCCAGCAAGGCCGAGUGAGUGUG